GCCCACAGAGGUGCCUGACAUGCGGGUCUCCUGCCCCGCAGGUUAUGCAGCCCCCUACCUGACAGUGUUCAGCGAGAACUCCAUCGAUGUGUUUGAUGUAAGGAAAGCAGAAUGGGUCCAGACGGUGCCACUCAGGAAGGUGCGACCCCUAAACCCGGAGGGCUCCCUGUUCCUCUUUGGCACGGAGAAGGUCCGCCUGACCUACCUCAGGAACCGGCUGGCAGAGAAGGACGAGUUCGACAUCCCCGACCUCACUGACAACAGCCUACGCCAGCUGUUCCGCACCAAGAGCAAGCGCCACUUCUUCUUCCGCGUGUCUGAGGAGCAGCGGCAGCAGCGGCGCAGGGAGAUGCUGAAGGACCCCUUUGUGCGCUCCAAGCUCAUCUCACCGCCCACCAACUUCAACCACCUGGUGCACGUGGGCCCCACGGACGGGAAGCCCAGCGCCAGGGACCUGCCCCGGGCUCCAGAAGGGAAGGGCCGAGGUACCCGCGGCUCCGGCCCCCAGCGUCCGCAUAGCUUCUCGGAGGCUUCGCGCCGCCCAGCCUCUGUGGGCAGCGACGGGCUCGCUGGAGACGCGGACGCCACAGUGAAGAGGAAGCCUUGGACAUCUCUGUCCAGCGAGUCCGUGUCCUGCCCCCAGGGAUCUCUGAGCCCCGCAGACUCCCUGAUACAGGUGUCAGAACGGCCCCGGAGCCUCCCCCCAGCCCCUGAGUCAGAGGGGUCCCCUUGACACCCUCUGGCAGCGCCCACCCCGAUCCCAGGACCGAGAGACAGAAACGAGCAAAGAGCUUGAGGAAUGCCAUGCUCCGGCUGGCCCGGGAUGUGUGGAAAUUCGGACUCAGGGAGGGCCUGGGUUGGAGAGCGACUCGGAGGCUGGUCUGGGUACCCAGGACCUGGGGGCCCUGACUCCCAGCCCUUAUCCUGCCUUUCCCCUCUGCUCCCAGCCCCUAUCUGUGCUAGCUACUGGGAAUAGAAUGGCCCCCUUUCUGCGCUGGGGGCCCAUCUGCCCUGGAGUCCAAGGGCGAUUGUGCCAAAGCUCUCCUUUCCCGUGCCAAGCCUCAGAAGGCCUGCAAGCAAGAGUUGGGAUGAGGGAUGGAGAAGGACUGGGUCCCUGGGAACAAUGUGGGGUCUCUUGGCUGUGGACUGUGUAUAGCCUCUAGGUGAGGCCAAGUUGGGGCAUAUCGCGGUCUCUGCUCAGGGUCAAGGUAGGAAAGACAGAGUCUGAUCCAAAGGAAAGGAGAAUGGGGCACCUGGCUGGCUCAGUCAGUAGAGCAUGUGACUCUUGAUCUCAGGGUUGUGAGUU